AUGAAAGCUGUGUGCAAGGCGGAGGCGGAGGAUGAUGUCGAUGAUGAUGUGCUCGACAGCUUCACGAACACUGUCAACGCAGUGCCAAAGACUCCAGAACAGAAAAUUGCAGCAACUCUGGAGCACGUCUCACCAAAGAAGACCGUGAGGUGGGCAGACGAGAAGCCUUCGGCGUUGGAAGAACCGGCAGUUGCGGCUGAGGAGAAGCGACGAAUCUCGCCCAUUCAUGAUGGGACAUUUUGGGAGGGCUGGCGGCAUACAAAGCGAUCACAACGAGCUCGAGACGUUUUCCUACACCGCCAAGCGAGAGCAGAGGCAGAGCAUGUCAAACGGAUCAGCAGUCAGAAGCAACACCUGGACCAGCUGCAAGGCAGAUAUCAGAUUACCUGCACAGACCGGCCGGCACCUUCCAGACCAAUAUCAGAUCUCCUCGCCAAACCGGACGAAGACGACAAAGCGGAUGUCAUUGGUCGAGCUGAGCGGGAGAGACAAGCACUGGAGCAGAUGCAAUCGUCUUCAUGGCACCUGGCCGCCCAUAGGGAGAUCGCGGGAGGCAAGCUUCUGACCAGCCCGAUUGUGCAAAGCUUUAAAGGCCGGACAGACGUGCGCAUUCUGGACGUUGACGGCCAGGUGCAUUGCGGCUGGGCGUGGAGCGUAGCUUUGGAACACCCCGACGCCGCAGUUUACACGACCGUUUCCUCGGAUGCGGAAGCUCAUGUUGCGCAGUCGACGCUCGACGGCCCAGCAAACCACUGCGUCGUCGCGGCUCCAAAGCCGUGGGAGCUUCCGUUCGCCGACAAUCACUUCGACAUCAUCUCCGCCCGCAACCUCUACGCCAAUCUAAAGACCGUCUAUCCACAGAGCCACGCAGCAGACGAAUGGGACCUCACACUACAAGAGUGUCUACGCUGCUUGAAGCCCGGAGGCUACCUGGAGUUCAACCUACUCGACGCCGAGCUCGCCCAUCCCGAACCCGCAUGUCAAGCCCUAGGCGUAGAAUUCGCCUUCAGUCUCAAAACGCGCGGCUACGACCCCUGCUCAGGCCGCACUUUCCUUCCUCGCCUCAAGCGCGCCGGCUUCGAAAGCAUCAAGCGCGCCUGGAUGAUCCUGCCCGUCGCCGACGUCAUCCCCCGCUGGCAGGACCUAGGCAAGUCGUGCGAGAGCGCAGACGCCAUCGCAACGGAGAAGAUCAUCGGCCCGAACGGCGAGGUGAGCGUGUAUGCGCCUGCUGUCGUGGGGAGUACGAGGGAUGUGCGGGCCAUGACGGGCCUGGUGGGGGCGAGGAUGUGGGAGCAGUGGAUUUUGAAGCUGCAUUGUGAGAUGGGGCGGGAGGAGGCGAGGGGGUUGGAGGGGGUUGCGAAGGCUUUGGAGGAGUGUGGGAAGGGGAAUGCGGGGUGGAGGUGUUUGGUUGGGUGGGCGAGGAAGGCUGCGGUGUAG